AGAACAUCUCAUAAACCUGGAACUCCAAACCCAGGACCUGAAAUCAAGGUGAAACAUCUAGGAGAAGAAACGAAAACAGACCAGUUGUUUCUGUUUAAUCUAGAUCAGAACCCCAGAACUGCUUUUAACUGGAGAACCCAGCAGAACAGCCGCCAUGACACACAGUUGUUACUGAGGCACAAGCAGGUAGGUAAAGCCAGGUUCUGCUGUUUAGGAGACAGAAGCUUUAAUGAGCUACAGCGCCGCAUAGUGGUGGCCAUGAUUAACCUGUAAACAGGGCAUCACUGGCAACGUGUUCCUGUUAAUUGUUCUGGAAAAGUUCUGAUGCGUUUCAGGGUUACUCCAACACGGAGACCCUCUGCUGCUUAGAGUUGAUCUGAGACUGAUGGUGUGUUCAGUUUGUCCCUGAAAGUUGGAAUUUUUAGCUUCCACGUUGGGGGAAAACAGUGAAGCUGCAGUAAUGACCUGUUUAGAUAGAGACGGUUCUGUAAGAACCCGUUCCUGAGUGUUGUUCUUGACUUGUGUUACUAACAACCAUUAACCUGCUGACUGGACACAGUCCCAUCAGUCUGCUGCUUCUGGAACAUCGCUUGGUUGAGUCUGACAACAUUCCCAGAUCCAGCUUCUGACCGAUCUCUGCAUGGAUGGAUGGAUGGAUGGAUGGUUCAAACUACCCUAAAGCAACAAACUGAGCAACAAUCGGCCAGCAGAUGGUGCUGCAGGAUUGUUUCUGGAUGAUCCUCCUCACUGCCUCAGUCUGUCUUCCAGAGCAGAUCAGACCAGAGUCUCCAGCAGAUGGUGUGAGAACCUUCAGGACCCAGUCUGAGGGAGCAGAGAGUAGAUCAGACACAUCAUCACUCAGAGUUCAGACUCAGGAUGAUAACACUGCUGCUUGGAGGUCUGCUCGCUGCUGUCUACUUCCUCCUCCGAGUGACCCUCCUGAAGCUGCCCAGGUGUAAGAGCGAUGCAAAGCUUCAUGGGAAAACUGUCGUCAUCACAGGAGCAAGCAGUGGGAUCGGGAAGGAAACAGCCAUGGAUCUGGCCAGGAGGGGGGCGAGGGUGAUCCUGGCCUGCAGGGACAGAGAGCGAGCUGAAGCUGCCGUCCAAGAAAUCAUCCAGGAGACGGGGAACCAGCAGGUGCUCUUCAUGCAGCUGGACCUGGCCAGCCUGCUGUCUGUUCGGACCUUCGCUGAGAACCUCCUGCAGUCUGAGUCCAGGUUGGAUCUCCUCAUCAACAAUGCUGGUGUCCUCAGCGACGGUCAGACAGACGAUGGCUUCGGCAUGAUGUUUGGUGUCGACCAUCUCGGUCACUUCCUGCUGACCGUGCUGCUGCUGGACCGGCUGAAGACCAGCGGGCCGAGCCGGGUGGUGACCGUGGCUUCAAACUCCUACAGACGGAGUAAACUGGACUUCAGCGUCCUGUUGGACCACAGGGACUCAGCUCUGGGCUCUAACUACAGUCAGAUCUACAAGAAGUACUGCAACAGCAAGCUGUGCAACAUCCUGUUCACCUGUGAGCUCUCCAGGAGGCUGCAGGGCACCAAUGUCACCUGUUACAGCCUCCAUCCAGGACUCAUAAGGACACAGCUUGGUCGGUAUCUUGGAAUCUGGAUGAAGGUCUUUGUGAUGCCCUUCUUCUACCUGCUCUUCGCGGAUCCCAAGUCUGGAGCUCAGACCACGCUCUACUGUGCCCUGGAGCAAGGCAUCGAGCACCUCAGUGGCCACUUCUUUAGCUGCUGCACGCUGCAGCUCAACAUCGGGUCAAAGGCCAGAGACGACGCUGCGGCCAGGAAGUUGUGGGACCUCAGUGAGAGCUUCUGUCGUCUGUCUAAAACCCAUAAACUGGUCUCUGGAGAUGGUUCUGGUUUCAGUUGAGACAUGCAUGCAGUCGUUGUAUAAAGGAAGUAGUUCUGAUCUGCUGAGUUAAUAAAAUGAUCUGCUCCUCAUCAAGUUCAACACUUAUGUUCAUCUAACCUCCAACACACAGAUCCCAUACUGUGGUGUCAGUCGGGUUCUGCUGAUCAGAUGCAUAAGUUCUACCAGCCUCAGAUACAGUGAGGAGAACAAGUAUUUGAUACGCUGCUGAUUGUGAAGGUUUUCCCUCCUCCAAAUCCUGUAGAAGUCUUUCAUUUUUCUCAGAGGUUCUCUUCAACUGUUAAGUCAUUAAUCAGCAUUUUAUUGCAUGACAUCAGUAUUUGAUCACUUCCAACCAGUUAGAACCCCGGCUUUCUCAGGCCUGUUGGUUCUUCUUUAAGAAGUCCUCCUGGUCUCCACUCGUUACCUGGAUUAACUGCACUUGUUUGAACUCGUUAUCUGUAUAAAAGACACCUGUCCACACACUCAAUCAAACUCCAACCUCUCCACAAUGAUCAUGAUCAUGAGGAAGGGGAGGGAUCAGCCCAGAACUACACGACAGGACCUCGUCAAUGACCUGAAGAGAGCUGGAACCACAGUCUCAAAGAAGACCAUCAGUAACACACUAUACCACCAUGGAUUCAAAUCCUGCAGCGCCGCAAGGUCCCCCUGCUCAAGCCAGCACAUGUCCAGGCCCGUCUGACGUUAGCCAAGGACCAUCUGGAUCAUCCAGAGGAGGAAUGGGAGAAGGUCAUGUGGUCCGAUGAGACCAAAAUAGAGCUUUUUGGUCUAAACUUGGCCAACAACCUCCUUCCCCCAGUAAGGGCAUUGAAGAUGGGUCAUGGCUGGGUCUUCCAGGAGGACAUCGACCCGGAGCACACAGCCAGGGGGAAGCAUCUCAAGGUCUACAGACCUGAACCCAAUCAAAGAUCUUUGGAGGGAGCUGAAAGUCCGUAUUGCCCAGCGACGGCCCCGAAACCUGAAGGAUCUGGAGAAGAUCUAUAUGGAGGACUGGUCCACAAUCCUUGCUGCAGUGAGUGCAAACCUGGUCAAACUACAGGAAACGUCUGAUAUCUGGAAUGACAAACAAAGGUUUCUCCACCAAAUAUUAAGUUUUGUUUUUCUGAUGUAUCAAAUACUGAUGUCAAGAAAUAAAAUGCUAAUUACUUAAAAAUCACACAAUGUGAUUUUCUGGAUUUUUGUUUUAGAUUCUGUGGCUCACAGUUGAAGAUAAUCUGUGAGAAAAAUUAAAGAUCUGCAGUUUAUGAAAUACUUGUUCUCCAACCUGUAGCAAGUUAAAGGUUAAAGGUCAUGACAGGACAGGUAAGGAUGUCUGGAAGAGAUGAAGGAGUAACAGGACCUUGGCACCUCACAGUCACAGAGUGGACCAGGAUCUCCUCUGUUCACCAGGAUCUGCUGUAGGUUUUUCUCCAGUGGAGGUUAGAUUUAAAUCGUCGUAGAUUCCGGUAAAGAUCGGACCGUUUUUAUUUUGUCCUCACAUCUCAAAGCCCUGAACUCAUAGAGGGUGUAUUUUCUUCUUACCAUGACUGAAGGGAAAUGUUUACAGGAAGAUGGUAGUUAUCAGUGACAUCAGGACAGGUUGGUUCUGGUUUAAGAACUUUAGAUGCUGUUUUAUUGGAACAAGUUGGAAAAAAAUAAAACCUGAACUGUGA